CUGACAGAUACACUUUCAUUGUCUCACAUUGUCCUGUUUAUGAACUAUACUGAUCCGACAGUGGACAUGAUGACACCUGUGACACUUUGUGUUCUGCUGUUUGUGGGAACUGUUACCGGAAAGUACAGCGUCACCUGCAGGAGUCAGUCAGUCAGUGCAGCAGAAGGAGAUGAUGUGACGCUUCAGUGUCGUCUGCAUCCUCCAGUCAACUUGUCUGCUUACACAUUGGAUUGGAGCAGAGUCGACCUCAAGGAGCCCCGUGAAGUCCACGUAUAUCGAAGUAAAGGGGACGAUCCUACAGCACAGAUGGAUCGAUACAGAGACAGGACGACUCUCAACCAUGAAGAGCUGAGCAGAGGAAUCGUGACCCUGCUGAUCUCCUCAGUACAACUGUCUGACAGCGGGCUGUACAAAUGCUACAUCCCAAAGCUGAAGGUUGGUUGUACCAUCAAACUCACUGUCGUAGAAGAAGACCAACAGAGCACAACUGGACCUCCAGAGGAAGAUGUGGCUGAGCCAAACAAUGCCAAUGUUGGGAACAGGUUUGUGGCUCGUGCUCAUAUUGUUACUGCUGCUGUUGUUACUCUCUACGUUCUCGUUGUUCUGGUUCUGUGAAAGUUGGGAAAGAUCCAGAAUUGUAUGAAGAGGCUCAGAGGGAGGACGGAGCAAAGUCUGGAGACGGUUUCUGACGGAUGUGAAAGGAGAAUAAUGUCAGUGUGAUGUUUUUACCGGAUGGUGCAGCUCUAGUGUUAGAGCCAUGGAGAACAAGAGGCUUAUGUUUGCAUUUUAUGCCUAAUUUAGUUAAUAUCUAUUUUGCUUUAACUUAUAAGGAUGAAUCAUAACUGAUAUUUUGUUUAAUCUUAAUGUAAUUAAUGUCUAUUCAGUAGAUAAGGCUUUGUUAUGCUCUUAUUUUGUCCUGCUACUACAAACCGAUACUGCCUUAAAGCGCAGCUUAUUGUAGUGAACUGUAGUAAACUAGCCAUGUGGGCACCUGUCGGCAUUGUGGCUUUGAUACCCAGGAUUUUGCUUAGCAUUUUUUUUUUUGACAUUGGCCUCGUUUCCUUCUUGGAUUUGCUUUGGAGUUUAUUGCCUUACGACAAGCACGAGUACAGAAACUUUAUGUCCUGCAAGAGUGGCGAAUAUGUUGCCACUUCAUCUAGUUUUUGGUACAAUGAACUAACUUUUGUCCUUUUUAUAAACAACAAAAAACAGCUUCUCCGUAUAACGCCAGUUCCAACAUUCACCACAAACAUCCUCCAAUAUGAUCACACAGCUGAAUCAGUUUCAAAGGGAACCCUUUGACCUCUGACCUCAAGAUGAAUGAAUGUAAACGGGUUCUACGGGUACCAACGAGUCUCCCAUUGGCAGACGCUGUAUGAGUCUGUUUCCAGGUGGUAUAAAAGUUAUUUUCAGCCUGGUGUAUCUGAAUAUUUCUGCAUACUGGGAUCAAUAAUCAAUACUGGAAUUGUGUUUAUUGGGAGUGACUGAGAGCUGAGUCAGCGCCUCUGAUUCAACUUCAACAACUCUUCAAUGUAUUUUAUAUUUUAUACUGUAUUUACUUCCUGUUGCACUCGUACUGACUUCAGAUCCAUUAAGCCGUAGGUGAUAGAUAUUGUGCUUUUAUUUUUAUUUUUAAAUGUCUACUACUAAACUUCCUGUCUGUCCUUCGUUCUUUCCAAAAUGAGACAUUUUGAUUGAUUUUGUUUUUGGUUUAAAGUUCAGAAACAACGUGACGUUUUUUUUAUUUUUAAUGGAAAAAGUAAUAAUGAUAAAUUGGUAAAAAUAAAAAUAAAUCAAAAACGGUCUGUUUUUUUCUUUUAAAAUGACAAAUGAAUCACAGAUUAUCCGAUGAUUCCCAGACCAGCUACCCAACAGAACACAAAGCAAUUCAAAUUAGCUCCACUUUCUAAUGUAAUUCUGUUUAUUAGUUUUAAUUCUGUAAACAAUUUGAUAGUUUUGUGUUUUUUAAUUCUUUAUUUGAUACAAAAUACUGAAACUGCACUUAUGUAUCAUCCAUUUCUAGUGGAAACUGAAACUGACUUCACAGUGGUCACGUCAGUCCGAAGAGGGUUAGUUGUAAAUUUGUGGCUUUUGCAGAAGUACAUGAGUUUAAGGAAUAUCCCCAACAGCAGCACAGAGUGGAAACAAGAGAGUGGUAGACCGUGAAUGGAGUUUGGGUUGAGAGUGUGGAGCAGAGGGCAUUUUAACCUUAAUAUUUCACAUACACUGAGCUGAUCUACUGUCUAAUAAUGCACCGUAUAAACAGCACUCUGAAAGGAACCACCUGAUGCCUCAAACAACAACAACAACAACAACAACAACAGACCAACCCAACGUUGCAGGAAAGGUUCAGAGAGAGUCGGUGGUCGAUAUUGGCGAGUGAAGUCGUUGCGGAUCUUAAACUCUGAGUUAAUUUGGUCCAGAAGUGCCUUGUUGAGAAAAGAGCUUCAGCUCAAAUCUUCCCUUAAUUCCAGCUCUUAUUGUUUAGAGGCACUUCUAUCAAAAGUAAACAGAAAGUAAAUCUCUGCCAGUGUUUAAUUCACUGUCUGACAUUAGUCUUAAUGCUUCUGUCUCUCUGUUACCAACUUAUUCCAGCGCUCUUGUAUAAAACGCUCUUUCUUUACUCCUGUUCUCACAAUAUGAGCCCGACUGGAACGUGCACACGUUGUUUGUAUGUCCAUCAAUAUGCACAUUGUAAACAUUUCUCAGGUCCCAGAAUUAAUUAUUUUGAUAUAUUUAUAUUUAAAUGUCACUAUUAUUUAAUUGACUGGAAGUGAGACGAUGCUUAAUAAUGAAUUUUUCUGUUCAGUCUUCACUGUUAAUCUGCAGAUUGUGAGUCAAAAUCAACAAUAUUUCACAUUAAUUUUCAUAUAAUUGUUUGUUUGUUUAUGUUGGAAUCAAUUGAUGGAUGUUUUUGUUGUUCGGUCUAGACCUGCUCUAUUUGAAAAGUGUCCUCAGAUAACUUCUGUUAUGAA